ACAGAUGAGGGUUAUAUUCUAUUGAUUUUAUGGCAGAUUCAUUUGCCAUUCUGGUGUAAUGUUGUCCAUUCCAGAUGAAAUUAUGUUGGUAUUUUUUCUGUGACACUACAAAUAAUGUCCAUCACAUCUGGAUUCCUAUAAUUUAGCAUUAUUUAUUGCUUACGCAUUCAAACCGCAUAAUGUACUACAAUAUAUGGUGAACACAAUACUGCUAGGAAAAAUGACUACUCAACAACCUAUUCUGGUUUUCUGUUGUCCCACUUCACAUCUUGUAACUCACUUUUCAUCUGUUAACUUCUAUUGUAAAUGACCUUUUACUGUGCUGUAUAGAUUGAAUUUUGAUGAUGAUGAUGAUGAUGAUUGAUAAUGAUAGGUAUUUUUCCGCACAGCCCACUAAGAGGUAUAGGGCUAGAUUUGUACCAGUUAGUUUCAAAGGGGAAAAGUUAGAACAUAAUAGGUGAAAAUAUAAGACAAAUAUUGGGUAUUACACAUGAUUUAUGACCUUAUGAAAAUAACUGGUGCAAAGUAAAUCGAGUCCGAAGUGUAAAAUCUCUGUAUGGUCAGUGUUGGUUACUCUUGGGCUAUUUUUUAAAUGAAAUAUAUUGGGGAAACAAAUGGAUGUUUAUUACGGAAUACGGAUGUAUGCUAUUUAACUAUCAUUAUCGUUUUUAAUACAAUUGUGUCCAGCUUUGAUACAGUAGCAAGCCAGUAGCUACUUGCAUAUCAUCGGCCACGCGCACUGUUUCCUCUAUCAUCAGUUUGCGUAACUCUAUCCUCGGGCUGGUAGAGACGAUAAAAUAUACAUUUGUGACACAUUAUUACAUCAAGGAAAAUUUUCUGGCAACGCAAAGAUGUGGAAGUCAGUGGUGGGACACAACGUGAGCAUAAAGGUGGCUGCAGAGGGGGAUGACUGGGAGACCGACCCUGACUUUGAGAAUGAUGUGUCAGAACAGGAACAGAGAUGGGGUGCCAAGACCAUUGAGGGGUCUGGUCGAAAAGAACACAUCAGUGUAGCAGAGCUGAGACAGAAGGUGUCCCAGGAGCAUGAGGUGGGGAAGCAGAAGGAGCGGGCAGAGGCUCCCAAGGCCUCCUACGGUUACGGAGGGAAGUUUGGAGUGGAGAAAGACCGCAUGGACAAGGGGGCAGUGGGGCAUGGCUACGUGGCGCAGGUGGAGCAGCACUCAUCCCAGACAGAUGCAAAGAGAGGAUUCGGGGGGAAAUUUGGAGUGCAGAAAGACCGUGUGGAUAAGUCUGCCAUGGGUUUUGAAUACAAGGGAGAGGUGGAGCAGCACACAUCUCAGAAAGACUAUUCUAAGGGAUUUGGAGGGAAGUUUGGGGUGGAGAGGGAGAAGGUGGACAAGGCUGCCUUGGGUUACGACUACAAGGGAGAGACAGAGAAGCACCAGUCUCAAAAAGACUAUUCAAAGGGUUUUGGAGGGAAGUUUGGGGUGGAGAGGGAGAAAGUGGACAAGGCCGCCUUGGGUUACGACUACAAGGGAGAGACAGAGAAGCAUGAGUCACAGAAAGACUAUGCCAAGGGCUUUGGGGGACGCUAUGGAGUCCAGGCAGACCGCAUGGAUAAAAGUGCAGUGGCCUUCACAGACAUGGAAUCCCCUACCUCUGCCUAUGAGAAGACACUACCAUUGGAGGCAUCAAGUGCAGGGGCAGGCAACCUGAAGGCUCGCUUUGAAAACUUGGCUCGGUCAUCAGAUGAGGAGAACAGGAAGCGAGCGGAGGAGGAGAGAGCCAGGAGACAGGCUAGAGAGAAGAGAGAGCAGGAGGAGGCGCGACGCAGACAACAGGAACAGAACAGCAGGGAGGAGGAAGCAGAGCAGCAGAGGCCUCCACCUAUUGAAGAGCAGAGACCUCAACCUGUUCCAAAGCAGAGGCCUCCACCUGUUGAAGAGCAGAGACCUCCACCUGUUGAAGAGCAGAGACCUCCAUCUGUUCCAGAGACCAAGAGGAAGCCCCAACCACCACAGGUGCCCACUGCCAGGGCAGUGCCUCAGAUACCAAGAGAUGAACCUGAGCCAGUGGAGGAAGAGGAGGAGGAGCCAGACUAUGACCAGCCCCCGUACCUGCCCCCACGGUCAAGUGACCUGCUGGAGGCGGAGCCACCUCAGGAGCAGACCCAAUCAGAACCAGAGCAGGAUGAGGGAGAGUAUGAGGAUAUCGCACCAAUACGUUUAGCUGUCGCAGUACCUGCUCCAGCUGUGGAUAAUGACUAUGAGGACCUGACAUGCGGUCAGACAGCAGUGGCCAUUUAUGACUACCAAGGAGAGGCAGAUGAUGAGAUCUCCUUCAACCCGGAUGAUGUCAUCACUAACAUAGAGAUGGUGGACGAAGGCUGGUGGAAGGGACAGUGUCACGGACGCUUUGGACUUUUCCCUGCUACAUUCGUGCAAAUGAUGUAGUGAGCUUGCCUAUACAGUCUCCAACACACAGACAUAUACCUGAGUCCAUAGGACCCAUGAGCUGUGGGUCUUUUCACAGGGGGAACAUAAGCACAUUGCUCCAAUCUGACAGGUAUAGUUCGAUUGUACCAUGGGAGAAUCUCAGUUGCAUACUCCUCUAUCCUCACCUUCUCAAUACCUAUUUUUUUAUUUAACCUUUAUUUAACCAGGUAAGCCAGUUGAGAACAAGUUCUCAUUUACAACUGCGACCU